CGGCCCGAUCGGUUCGAAUCGAACCCGAACCGUCAGUUGACGUUUGGCUGCGGAUGAGCACAGAAUGAAGACGCUUGCAGUGGUGGUGACCGGUUGUAUGCUGGCCUUGGCAAUCGUCCAAGCCGGUUCCUAUCAUGAAUUUGAAGUGUACAAUGUGCGCCCGGAAACGCGCGAACAGCUGACGGUGCUGCUGAAAUGGCGCAACACGGAGGUUGAUACUGACUUUUGGGACACGCCAAAGUUGGGCCGCAAUGCACGCCUAAUGGUCACGCGCGAAGAUCACAAGCGGGUGGAAGAGUUUCUGGAAAAGCACGACAUCGAGUACGAUCUGGUGGCGGAGGAUGUACAGGAGUUGCUGAACCGGGAACAGCGCCGCAAUGUGGAGCACGGUCGGCGAGUGAAGCGUGACUCGAACUCACGUGCCACGGUGAACUUUGAACACUUCUGGACGCUGGCCGAGAUCUACGACUAUUUGGAUGAGCUGGCGGCAGCGUACAAUGGGCUGGUGCGGGUAUCGGAGAUCGGCAGGACGCACGAGGAUCGUCCCAUCAAGGCGAUUACUAUCUCGACCCGCGGUACCAUCGAUCAGACCCGUCCCAUUGUGUUUAUGGACGGUGGUAUUCACGCCAGAGAAUGGGCCGGCGUUAUGUCGGUGAUGUACAUGAUCCACGAGUAUGUGGAACACUCGGAAGACUAUGCGGAACAGCUGUCCAACACGGACUAUGUCAUCGUGCCGGUUGCGAACCCGGACGGGUAUGUGUACACGCACGAGCAAAACCGACUGUGGCGCAAGAACCGCUCGCCGGGCAAUGUGCUGUGCUACGGGGUCGAUCUGAACCGUAACUUCCCGUUCAUGUGGGACCGUACCACGACCGAGUGCACAAACAACUUCGCUGGACAUGCGGCUUCGUCCGAGAACGAAACCAAAGCUCUGAUUGCGGCGAUGGACCAGUACAAGGCGGCGAUUCGGAUGUAUCUGGCGGUGCACACGUACGGUGAGAUGAUUCUGUGGCCGUGGGGUUACGACUUCCUGCACGCACCGAACGCGGAAGAUCUGCAGCGUUUGGGUGAGCAGGCACGCGAUGCGCUGGUGGCGGCCGGUGGUCCCGAGUAUGAGGUUGGUAAUUCGGCGGACGUUCUGUACACGGCUACCGGGGCGACGGACGAUUAUGCGUACAGUCUGGGCGUUCCGUACUCGUACACGAUCGAGCUGACCGGUGGCGGUUCGCAAGGGUUCGAUCUGCCGGCCUCCGAUCUGCCACGCGUUACGUCACAAACGUUCGAGCUGCUGAAGGUGUUCGGCCGACACGCCGGCACGUUGUCGUUGACGCCGUAAGCGUUGGCUCGUAUCAGGGCGGGCGCUAAUCAGCGGUCGAUUGAUUGGUGAUUGAUUUUUCAAUUGUAUCAGCAGGCUGGAGCUCAUUGAGUAACACAAUAAAGUACUGCAGCACGCUAUCACGCUUCUUGGCAAAA